AUGGCUUCUGGAUUGGUACUAUCACGUCCUGUUACUUUUGUAACUGGCAAUGCCGAAAAGCUUGAUGAAUUGCAAGGAGAGCCUGAAGAUAUCUCCAAAGAGAAGGCUCGUUUGGCUGCUCUUCAGGUUAAUGGACCUGUGUUGGUUGAAGAUACUUGCCUUUGUUUCAAUGCCAUGAAAGGUCUUCCAGGAUGGGCCUUACAUCUAGCUGAACAACGUCUCAACAAUUUGUUGAGGGCAUAUGAUGAUAAAUCAGCUUAUGCCUUAUGUGUAUUUUCCUUUGCGAUUGGCCCAAAUAGGGAACCUAUCACAUUUGCUGGAAAAACUCCGGGGAAGAUUGUUCCUCCAAGAGGACCCACUGAUUUUUUAUGGGAUCCAAUUUUUCAACCUGAUGGCUAUGAGCAAACGUAUGCAGAGAUACCCAAGGAGGAGAAGAAUAAAAUUUCCCACCGUUUCAAAUCUCUUGAAUUAGUGAAGCUGGAUGUGCAUUUCAGAUCAAUAAUGUCUGGCAGAGCUUUUGUUGCCAUUGAGGUUAGACUAUAG